GCAACGUCCUGUUUUCAUGUUGGCUCGGUUGCGGUCAACUCCAAAUCGACUCAACCGUUGCGGCGCAGUUCCAGCGUUUUUUAGCUCCAGCGAAACAACAGACAGCAUGGCCGAUCGAAGCUAUCAACAUCGAAGUGGAGGACGUCAUGGUGGUGGCGGGCGAGGCGGCGGAGGACGCGGCGGCCGUGGAGGCGGCGGGUUUCGAGGGGGUCGCGAUGGCGGUGGCCGUGGUCGACACAACCGUGACGGAGGCGGCGGUGGUCGCGGCGGUGGUCGAGGCGGAGGUCGUGGUGGAGACUCUUGGUUCAAGCAAGAAGGCUACAACGACGGUGUGGCCAGUAGCGUGGACGAAGCCGACGUCGGGAUCAAGGUGUUCCGCAACGACAUCCCCGGGUUCAACGGCAUCGUGAAGCAGCGGUUCUCGGACUUUGUCGUGCGCGAAGUGUCGGUGGGUGGUCGGGACAUUGCCCACCUCACGGACUUGGAGCUUCCCAAGGGCAAGUCGAAGAACCGAAGCAUCCACACCAUGCUGGCCGACGCGCUGGAAGGGUACCUGGGUUUGUCGUUCGCGAAAUCCACCGCCACGAAGGAUGCGCAUCACGCCAGCAGUGCCGCCACGAAGCCAAGCAAUGCGGCGCCUUCCGGCUUGGAAACCGUCGUGGACGCACUGUCCAAGCGGCUGGUGGCCAUGUACCUCGCCACGCGCGGCGAUGCCAAGGUCACGCAAGCCAAGAAGAAGGUCAAGACUCUGCUCGCCAAGGUCGAAGCCAUGUACGACGCGGACGAAGCCGCUGCGCUGGGGGCGUUUCUAAACGACAUUCAGAACGCCGAGCAAGACAAGACGGAGCUGGAGCUGGUGUAUCACUUCCAGCCGAGCAGCUCCAAGGACGAACGCACGGCGCUCCACACGUUGAUCCGGGAGCUUGGCAACGAAUGGGUGGUGGGAGACACGGUCGCCGGUCCGUCGGGCGACCAGCAGAUCGUUCGGCUGCGGCCGCUCAAGGUCAAGGGCAACAAGCGCAAGGAUGUGGACCAGCGGGGGUCCAAGGACUUACCAUGGCCACACAACCGCCCCAACUACCUCAAGUUUAUCCUGUUCAAGAAGAAUAAGGAGACUGUGGACGCUAUGCAGCACAUGGCCAAGUUGCUGCAUAUGAACCCUGGCACGUUUAGCUACGCCGGCACCAAGGACAAGCGCGGGCUCACAUCGCAGUGGGUCACCGCGUACCGCGUGCCCCGCGAGACCGUGGCCAAGAUCAACGCCAACAAAAACUUCAAAGAUUUUGACGCGUACCCGUUCCUCGUGGGCAACUUCCAGUACGUGUCCGAGCCGCUGGUGCUGGGCGACCUCGACGGCAACCAAUUCUCGAUGGUCCUGCGCAACAUCCCAUCGGAUGUGUCGGACGCGCAAGUGGAUGCCGCGGUCUCGGCGUGGGCUUCCAGUGGGUUUGUCAACUACUUUGGCCUGCAGCGAUUUGGCACCAAGUCGAUUCCGUCCCACGUCGUGGGCCGGGCGUUGCUGCGAAAGGACUACAAGCUCGCGACUGACUUGAUCCUUUUGCCCAAGGUCGGCGAUGCGUCUAAGAUCAAGGAGGCGCGCCAGCAUUUCCAAACGUACAAGGACGUGUCGGCGGCGUUGCGCAUGUUUCCGCCGUAUUUGAUUGCCGAAGUGGCCGUCUUGGAGGGGCUGCAGCGCCACGGGUUGGACGAGUUCCACCGCGCGAUUCAAAACAUCCCCCCGAAACUGCGCAUGAUCUACACGCAUGCGUAUCAGAGCUACAUCUGGAACGAAGCCGCCAGCGUCCGGCUAACGACCUUCUCCAGCACCCAUCCGGUGGUGGGGGACAUGGUCGUGCGCGGGUCUGUGGUGGGUUCGAGUGGGGUGCAGGUGGAAGACUGGGAAGGUGCCGACGGAGACGACGCUUCCCGCGACCAGCCGGCUAAGAAGCGUCAACGGGUGAUGGAGCACGACAUUGUGUUCAUCACGGAAGCCAACAUUGGCGAGUAUUCGAUUGAAGACGUCGUGCUGCCUGUCCACGGGUACAACACGCUUCUGCCCAAGAACGAGAUUGCCGCGAUCUACGAACGAUGUGCCAGAGAAGACGGCGUGGACUUUGCCAGCUUGAAACGCAAUCAGAGCCCCGAGUACAACCUGCCGGGGUCGUACCGCCACAUUGUGUGCAAACCCAAAGCCGUGGCCCACACCAUCAAACGGUACAACGACGAGACGAUCCCGCUCGUCGAGUCGGACGUCGACCGGCUCAUGAAGCGCACGGCGCCGCCAUCCAUCCCCGACGGUCGAUUUCGAUCCAUCUGCCUCGACUUUAUCCUCCCAUCGUCGAGUUAUGCUACGAUUGCCAUCCGUGAACUGCUCAAGCAAAGCUCGAGCAUCCACGUGCAGCUCGGGUUGAACGAACAAGGCGCAGGACAAGCCAUGGACACAACCUCCAAGACCAACACGGCCAAGUCGAUCCCCAUUGGCCGACCAGGGUUCAGUUUAAGCAGCAAAUAAACCAACAUUCAUACAUUCAUAUUCCAGUGGUCGCUUGUUCGUAGGAUGUUCUAGGAUCGUUCGUUCGUAGCGACCACGUCGCGACUGAAUCGCUGGGUUAUCACGUCAAAAUAGACCUCGUACAAGGAACACAGCCCCACCAGUGCCACGCCCACGACCUGCCACCAUGGGUUCUGCGCACAAGUUUCGCGUAUUAUGUACUCAUAUACUAUAAACAAAUGGAUUGUUUA